ACAUUUUAUCUGACGGUGCUGGCUGUCGAUCGUGGAAAUCCACAACCGAAAUCCAGUUCAGCUACUGUGAUGAUUCGGCUGACGGAUGUGAAUGACGAAUCUCCAGAAUUUCUUCAUGACGGAGAGAGUGUAACUGUUCCAGAAAAUAAAACAAUUGGUCUUUCCAUUUUUGCAUUCAAUGCGACUGAUUCAGACACAGAUCCGUCACUUUAUUAUGAAAUAUUGUGGGAUCAAUGUAAAAUAUACGACGAGAAAGAUAAAGUUGUUCCUAGAAAUAAAGUUGAGCACUGGUUUAAAAUGGAGAAUACGACUGGGAGUAUAGUAGUUAAUUCUAGUUUAGAUAGAGAAACUGCUGAAAGAGUGAUUCUAGUUCUGUAUACUGAAGAUAAAAAUAACCAGGUCCCUAAUACAAAUCAAACUGCUACUGAUAGCCAAUGGAAGGAGUAUUUUAUAAUGGAAACCGUAGGUGAGAGGGGUAAGAUAACAGCAGUUAAAGCAUUGGAUAGAGAAAAGGCUUCCACAAUUACACUGAUUGUAAAGGCAAAUGAUACCUCAGUCAUUGGUUGUGGUUCUGAAGAUCGUUACAAUAUAUCUAAAACGAGCGUCUUUAUAAACGUUCUGGACGAGAACGACAAUGCACCCACUUUCACCAAAGAUGAGGUAUCUAAAGGUUUCCGUAGCACCAGCGACUUUGGAACUCUUGUGCUGGAUCUGAAGGAACUCGUAAUAGAUGAAGAUUUACCUAUCAACAGUUAUCAUCAAUAUAAAGUAGUAGGGGAGUUGACUAUUGAUACGAAUGUCCAGGCUUUUACAUCUCCACCAGUUAAUCUAUCAACAAAUGGAACGAUAACAACCAACCUCAAGUUUGAAACCAGUACUGUUGGUCAAGUAUCAUUUACUGUUAUGGCUUAUGAUAUGGCAGGAAAUGACACCAUUGAUGUCUUGAUUUAUAUUAUUGGUGAUAAACAAGUACUGAAGAUAACUCUAUUUAAACUUCCAGAAGAAGUUCGAUUACUUCAAGAUGAACUAAUAAGUGUACUAAGAAAUUAUACGGGAAUUAAAUUCGUGGUAGACGAAAUAUUAUCUCACAUAGAUGAUGCUGGAAAUGAAGUCGGUUACAAGACAGACCUGUUUGUUCAUGGUGUUAAACCAGAAACUGGAAACAUUUUAGACUCUACCACUCUAAGAAGUUUAAUAGAUAAAGCAUCUUCAGAACUUGAUGUCAUGCGCAGUAAAUUUAAAGUACUGCAGGUUGAUAAUGUUCUGAAGGAAGAACUGAAAGCUGAUGACACGAAGAAAGAAUAUAUUUUAAUAGCUGUUGUUAUAUGUUUGGCACUUGUCCUCGUUAUAACCAUACUUGGAUUCAUGAGUAACUUUAACAGAUUUAAAAGAAAAUUAAAAGCUGCUGCUAUUAAUGUCCACAAUAAAGGUUAG